CGCCGGUUGCUUCUCUCUCGCUCUUUCGCCUCUUCAGCGUCGCGGGCGGCGGGAGCGCGGCCCGCAGGCCCGGCAUCCUGGACCGCAGGCCAUUGGAUUCUUACUUAAAAUGGAAGUUGACAUUAAUGGAGAGGCCAGAUCUAUGCUAGCCACUCUCCCCUUGCCUAUCGCUGAAGUGAGUGCUACAGGCAAGACUGACACCGAGAAACCUCGCUGCUCCAGCACCCCAUGCUCACCAAUGCGCCAGACUGUUUCAGGUUACCAGAUCCUCCACAUGGAUUCUAACUACUUGGUUGGCUUCACAACUGGGGAGGAGCUCCUGAAAUUAGCCCAAAAGUGUACUGUAGAGGAAGAGGAUAAAGUUGAAGUGGUAGGGCCUACUUUGCGCUCCAAACAGCUUGAUUCAGGACUUUCCCGUUCUUCCCGAGUGUGCAAAGCCAGAAGCAGGUAUUACCAGCCUUACGAGAUCCCAGCGAUCAAUGGCCGUAGAAGGCGACGGAUGCCCAGCUCAGGGGAUAAAUGCAGCAAGCCACUACCUUAUGAACCAUACAAGGCAUUUCAUGGUCCUUUGCCUCUCUGCCUUUUCAAAGGUAAAAGAGCUCACUCAAAAUCCCUAGACUACCUCAAUCUAGACAGAAUGAACAUCAAGGAACCAGCCGAUACAGAAGUGCUUCAGUAUCAGCUCCAGCACCUCACCCUGAGAGGGGACCGUAUGUUUGCUAGGAACAACACAUGAACAUAAAUCAUCCUUAAUUCUCCACUGCAUCAAGAUUGUCUAUACAAUGUAGACAGCCAUGCACUUGGUACCUGGUUGGAUCAGAAAAGUGUUAUUAGACCAUAACAUAGGAAGAUGAGGUGUGUGUGUGGGUG